UUCUGCAUAAUAUGCCGUUUUAUUUUGAAUUUCCCGUUAAUUUUUGUCUAACUGUGAUAUAAAAUAAUUUUCUUUACACUUUUUCCUUUAAAGUUCAUUUAUAACAUUUGAAAGUUUAUUUUCAGAAUUAAUUUGAAAAAAGAUUUUUCACGGAAAGUGCAUCACGGCGUUUACCAACCAUGUUUCGGGCCCAUAUUUCACGGUAUAUAAUAGUUGUUUGCGACUCCCAGUAAUGGGCUUGCUAGGCAGUAUGUUACCACUCUAUAGGUAUAGUUGGUAUGGCCAGUACAGGUAUCGGCCGGUACCUGCCACGUAAUUCACGUAAUUCCCGUAAUACACGCCACGUAAUUCUCCGAAUUGGUCCUAAAAUGGUUUUGAAUUAGUCGAAUUUGCUCCAUCAAACGGAUUCAAAAUCAAUUGUUUAAAAGUAUUUGACUUGUAUAGGCAAUAGCGAUAUUAUCUAAUCUUAUGCAAAUGAAGUUGGUUUUAUCUGGACGCUUAUCAGACGCUAGCGUUUUUUUCUUUUCGACUAGGCUAAAAACAAAUGUUGAAAUAAAUGCGUUAAAAUGCGGUGCGUCGAUACGAAUGAUUGCGACAUUUCUUUGACGACUUCCGGUGGGUGUUGAGCCGGAAAAGAGAUUCGAAAAUCCGUUCGACAAACAACUUCAAUUUUGGCUGAAAUACUUGCUCCCGUUGAUUAAAUCAAAUGUUCUAAUCAUGGAAGAAACAACAAAAGGCAUUCUUUCUUUAAUCGCCGUGAUCAUGGUUGGCCUCAUUGUCUAUUACGGAUUCUGCCCAGUCAGUCAAACUACCGACAGUAGCGCCGCCACGUCUGCCUCAAAGUGCAACUGUCCUCAGCUACCGACAUGUCCUCUUCGUGUCUACUGUCCCGUGGAACCAGCAGAGCCUUGUCCACCUCAUCCACUGAUGCCGGCCCCGGCCGACCCCAGCGCUUGCAUCCCGCCUUGUUGCACGGAACAAAAGACCAUCUCCCAUUCGACCGAUCGACCUGUGCCAGAAAAAUGGACAGAAGAGCAACUGAUGAAUCAAACGGUCCUCGAAUGGGUGAUGGCCUAUCCGCCCAACUCGAUGGGCCGUCUCAAUGUGCUCACCCAGUUGAUGGAACUUGGCGUGGAGCCUUACGUGCGUGCGAUGAGCCGACGCAAUUGCCAAGCGCCGUACAGAAUGUGCACCAUGUGCCAUUCGGAUCGUUACGAGUUCCUGCGCUGCGCCAUGCGGACCAGGGUGACGGCCAACAAGCACGGCUACAAGUCGACUAAUAAAUUAAAGAAAAUGAGUUGGGAUUUCUUGAAAAAUUACGCGGCCGACGCGUAUUGGCAUUCGCAGAAAUACGACAACCUGCUGACUCGCGAUGAUUACCAGCCUCUCAGCGACGCCUACCGGGCCUUUUGGUUCAUCGGCAACGACGGCGGCCUCAGCGCCGAAUGUUCUUGGUGUCGCGACGCUUUCGAACCGUCCGUCCACAUGAAUUGCAUCCGCGAUGGUUGGGGCAGCAUCUAGAAAUGAAGUUGAUUUCAUUCGCUAUAAACUUGAAUUGAUUGACAAUACAAAAUCUUGACCGUUAAACAUAAAAAUGUGUUUCU